UUAAUUUUAUUGUUUUCAUGAAUUUUUAUGUUUUAAACUUAUUUUUUAUUUUUUUCCUCCACAUUUUAUACUCCUCAUGUAUGUUUAAAUUUGUAACACAAAUUGUUUAAUCUUUCCAUUAAUUUUAUUAAAUUCAUUUUCAAUCACACUUUAUUAUUUUUAACCUUGAUAAAUUACAUUUUUAUUUAUUAUUCUAUUGUUGAUGUUAUAAACUACUAUGACUGGUUCUAGUGAUUCCUCACCUUCAAAUGAUCACGAUGAAACAAAGAAUGAUUCCUCCGAACAUGCUACUCAUGAACCUGAUUCUCAUGUUUCCGAUGAUUCCAACGAGGUGUGUAAACCCUCCGAUGAAUUUAAUUCUAAGGAUGAAGAAACUUUAAAGAGAAAAGGUUCAGAAACUGAAACAUUCGAUAAACCAUUCAAGCUAAAAAAGUCCGACAUUUCAGAUACACCAUCAUUUCUGGAUAUUAUUAAAUCAGUGGUAAAGGAAGAUCCUAAUAAAGUUGACUAUUUUAAUGUAUUAACAAACACAAAGGAAUAUGACUGUCCUAUUGCCAAGCUGGCAAAAAUAGAUCCUGGAGAUUCCUUUUUAAAGGUUUCAAAACAUGAUAAUUCUUCUGAUUUCAAACAAAUUGAUAAUAAACUUGACACAUCUCGAUCAUCUGAAGGCACUGAGGAAAACGAAAAUAACGAAAAGGAUAAAACAGUUUUAGAAUCAUCUAUUUCUGAAGAUGAAACCCUUCUACGUGAAAUAGAUUGUAAACUGUCGGUUUACAAAAAUUCUGAGUGGUCUCUUCCCAUCCCCGUUGUUACUCAAUUAAUUCAAAAUAGGACAACUUCUAAUAAGAGAGUUGUGUGUUUCCAGUUUGGAACAGGAAGGCUUCUUCUUAACACUGUAUUACUACCUUCGAUGUCCUUUAAUAAACUCAAGGACAAGUCAAUUAUAUUUAACGGGCAACCUCUAGGCGAAAAUUUAAGCUUGAUUCCUCAUCGGUUAAUUUUCCCUGAUUCUUCCAUUAGGGACGAUGUCCAUAAUCUCUAUUCUAAAUGAUCGCAAUUUUGUACUUUUGAAUUUAAAUCCUUUAUAAUCUCUUUACUUUUCA